AUGAAGACGAUGGAGACUAAGGAACUCACAUUGAAGGUUAAGAAUUUCUCCAGGCGGAAAGAAACCGAGAUCUACUCCGACAUUUUCCUAGCCGCGGGCCACAGAUGGAGGAUUAAGGUUUACCCGAAUGGGAAACGUCGUAUUCCCGGUUUUCUGGCAGCAUAUGUGCAAUUUGUCGACUGGAAAACAGAGCCAUGGGGAUGGAAUGUGCCAGCGAUCAUCAGCUUGACUCUACUCGACCAACUCAACGGCACCUCCUCUGUGCGAAAGUGUUCGGCAACCAAUUUCCAUGGAAAAUCUUAUACCUGCUGGGGAUUCCACCGAUUCGUGUCACGGGCCGAUCUUGGUGAUCCUCAGAAAGGGUUCCUCCUCGAUGAUACCCUUCUUAUUAAGGCAGUGGUUUCUACAGCUGUCGAGACUAUUGAAGCUCCAAGGUAG